CUUUCUCGUUCUCUCCCUCUCUAACACAAUUUAUUUCAGAGAAUCAAAAGAUCUUUUAAGCUGAAUUUAGUAGAAUUUAUGGAUAACCAAAUCAGUGCUCUUCUUGGCUGGCCUUACUACUACUCUCAUGGAAAGACUACAGAAGAAUUAAGACACUCUCAUCUGUGCACAACACUAGAGCUAGAACAAACAAAAAUGUUUGCUCGUGAGGAAAUAAGAAAGAGAGAUGAACAACUCGUCAAUCUUAAAGACAUAUUAACCAAAACCAUUACAGAAAGAGACGAAGCCCUCGAGAAAUGUCAGCGCCUCAUGUUCGAUAACCUCUCGCGUCAACAACAGAAGCAUAUGACUCCUCCUUUAUCCGGAGCCUCAAGCAUUGAUGAUGAAACAUUGCAGCCUCAAAAACUAGCAUCAAACAAGAGCUUCUCCUCCUCGGACUGCGAAGAGAGCCUCAUGUCACCCACUGAUCACGUCAUAAACCCACAACCAUCUCAGCCUGAAGAAGUCUCAGAUGCUGAGAUUAUGGAUCCACUGCUUCCUGACAAGCCACUGCCUGAGAAGGGUAAACUUCUAGAAGCUGUUUUAAAGGCAGGGCCUCUGCUUCAGACACUGCUCUUAGCUGGUCCAUUACCUCAAUGGCGAUAUCCGCCACCGCCUCUCAAGACUUUCGAGAUCCCUCCAGUCACCGUCCAGUGCCCUAACGUCAACAAUGGGUGUGGAAAAUUCAACAGGAAGAGAGUAUUCUCAGAUGGGUCACAUUCAGAGGCUAAGUAUCAGAAAGUUCUUCUCCACUGACCAACGAUCAACACAACUCUGGCUACUGAUUUUUACUCUUAAAGUUGUAGUACUAAUAGUCAUCUGAUAUACCAUUUACUUAGGUCAGUUUCAAGAUUAACUCCCACUUAGGUUUCAAGUGGGAGUGAUCUUUUGUACAUUAAGGCUUUUGGUUAUGCGCCAUUGUGGAGACAGAGUCAGAUCCAUUUAGGGUUUAGAUUUAAACUAUUGAAGAAAAAGAAAAAAAAACUCCCCUGGUUUGACCUCCAAGUCAAUGGAGAGUUAAUGCUAUGUGUGAGAGUUUGCUAUCUUGUUUAUUUCUCUAGGGAUGCUUGCUGUGUUUUUUUCUUUUUGAGGGUUUUAUAUCUCAAAUCCGUUUUCACACUCAUGUGCUUGGCUCCAUGAUGUGUUAAAUUACGGUUUCUUUUCUUGUUUUUCUUAUGCUGAGGGUUUUUCCCACUCAUAUUAUGUUAAUCUCUGAAGCUCAAGACUUUAUAGCUUCAUAAUGUAAUUUGUUUUUGUCUGCGCGCAGUAACUGAAAUUUAGUAAUUAAAGAGGUUGCUUAUUACUUGCUUGUAGCCUUUGUGGGGAUGCGCUUUAAUGAUUUUUUAACUUUGAGAUAAUUUAAUUAAUAUUGUUGCUUUUAGGGAGAGAUGGGUGAGAAGAAGUCGUUAGUAAAACCCAACAACGUAAAGGUAUAUAAACCCGAAGCUAUUUCUUUGUCGGUUCGGGUGGGUCCUAAAGAUCUGAAGCCGGAUCUUCUUGUCCAUGUAACAUGAGUUUAAAAGUGUCAACAUAGACAAUCACUCAUGGAUUGCCUGGUCCAUUUACUACUUAUUCCUAUUUUAACGGUCAUGAGUUAGAGCCAAAUACUAUAGUUAAGAAAGUACACAGAUAGACUCCCUUUGGAAAUUCAGACACCAAACCCAGGGCUGUUCAAUAUGGUAAAACCGAACCGUACCGAACCGAACCGAAUCGAACCGAACCGA